CCUCCUCUCUGUUUCUCUCUCUCGGAUCCUAACCAUCAGGUUUCUCUUCCUCUGGUCUGAUCUCUCUCUCUGAUUAGAAUCAUCUCUUUACUGACAGCCAUGGAGCCUCCAGACUUUGAGGCCAUGAACUACACGGUGGACCCCGGUCCCCCUGGUUAUCCUCGCUGUGAGGAGUGGAGAGAAGGAGCAGAGGGCGCUGUCUUCCACCUGUCUCACAUUCUCCUCUUCCUCGGUUUCAUGGGUGGCAGUGGGUUUUACGGACUUCUCUACCUGUUCAGCUUCCUCACCGUGGGGUUCUUCGUGUGCUCUCUGUGGGCGUGGACUGACCCCUGCAGCACAGACCCCUUCUUGUGGACUUUCUCUCUGUUUGGGGUCUGUUUGGUCCAGCUCCUGUUGGUCUCUUAUCGUCUCAGGAGCGUCUCCUUUGACAAGGACUUCCAGGAUCUGUACACCUGCAUGUUUAAAAGGCUCGGGGUGUCUCUGACUCACUUUGGGAAGAUCGUCGCCUGCUGUGAUGGAGAGGUUCACAGUCUGGAGAAAGACCACUGCUUCGCUGUGGAGGGAAAAACCAGCAUCGAUAAGCUGUCUGUGCUGCUGUCAGGAAGGAUCCGUGUGACAGUAAAUGGCGAGUUCCUUCAUUAUAUCUACCCCUUCCAGUUCCUGGACUCACCUGAGUGGGACUCUCUCAGACCGUCAGAAGAGGGAGUCUUUCAGGUGACCCUGCGUGCCGACAACCCCUGCAGGUACGUGGCGUGGAGAAGGAAGAAGCUCUACCUGCUGUUUGCAAAGCAUCGCUACAUCGCCAAGAUCUUCGCCCUGGUGGUUCGUAAUGACAUUGCAGAAAAGUUGUACUCUUUGAACGACAAAGCCAUCGAUGGUUUGGGACAUCGCUAUGACCUCCGCUUACCCAGCUUCUGCCACACGACCACGAUGGACGCAGACAAAACAGACGCCUUCUUACACGUGCCGACACAGGGAGGAAGGAGGGCCUGAACGCAUGCAUGAACAUGAUAAAACCCAUAAACAUGGGUGAACAAGCUCCCUGCUCAGAGCCCGGACUGACUCCCUAAGGGCAGGUGGUCUGGACCAUUUCAAAUGGUCUAUAAUCUGUAUAAAUUGGUUAUAAAACCGCCUAAAAAUGCAACUAAUGUAUGAGGGGAUGGCAGCCUGUCCUGAGGUUAAAGUGCUGCUGAGGCAUUUGUUAAAAACAACAAAAGCUGGCUCCUUUAUGCUCAACACUGAAAAUGCAUUUGGAUAAAGACUGGUCUUUAUUUUUGGUGCUCGGUGUCAUCCUUAUUUCAGCUUGUGGACCAAAUGUUGCAAACAGUAGUUAGAAACUGCAAAGAAACACUUUAUGGAACAGUCCUCUGUUCCCUGAACGUACAGGGACUGUAGUGACACUGUCUUCAAAUCAAGUUGGCACCCGUUUCUUCACUUCUUGGACGGCUAUCUACAACAUUCUGGAGUGUUUCUGUGGGAAUUCGUGCCCAUUCAUCCUAUAGACCAGCGUUACUCGAGCCAAAUUGUUGAAAAAUACAUUUGCCACAAUCUAAGGGGUGAAAAACAGCAAUUAAAAUAAGUUAAAGG